AUGCCGGACAAGUUGAAGCUCGAACGCAUCGCCCCUAGCACCUCAGCCCAAGAUUUCUUCACAAAAUACGUCUCAAAGCGUCGACCGGUCAUCAUCAGUGGGCUCCUGGACGAUCCUUCGUUCCAAGGUCGCAAGUGGACAGAUCUCUCUUACCUCUCCGAGAAGGCCGGUGAUGUCGAGGUACUGGUCGAGCCCAUACACCCGACGGCCAAUCAAUACGGCACCGACGUCGAGAGGGUGCCGAUGACAUUCCGGGACUUCCUCGAGAAACUGCGCCACGACGACGGACCACACCCGUACCUCACCACCCAGUACUCAGAAGAGGACUCAGACGCAGAGACCGUCUUCCCCCCACCGACCAAUGCGCUCAAAGACGAGUUCCCGAUGGUGCCUCGCCUCAUGGGAAACCUCUUCCUCCAGCAAGUGAACCUCUGGCUCGGGAAGUCCAAAGACGGCUCCUCGUCCGGUCUCCACCAUGACUUCCACGACAAUUUGUACUGCCUUCUCCAGGGAAGCAAGCGCUUCGUGCUGUUCCCGCCGGCGGAGGUUAAGCACCUUUACCCCUACGGCACCCUCGACACUCUCCACCCGAACGGCCUCAUCUCGUACGCGGACAUACCUGUGCGCUCCGAUGGGCUGUCCAAACGCGCUGCUUGCAAGGCCCGCGUGCACGCUCUCGAGCGCAAGAUCGAUGCGCUCAAGGCGAAGGUCAAGGGCAAGGGCAAGGAUAGAACGCAGUCGAAGGAGAUGAAAGCGCUGAUGAACGCCCAUGACGAGGCGCUUGACGAGCUCGCCAUGCUUGCGCUAGAGGAUGAGCAAGGAGCAGAAGAGGUGGACGACUUCGAUGCCCUCAUGGGCGACUUGGAUGACGGAACUGACGACCUCGGCGCCGGUUCAUCUGGACUAGCUGCCGCAGUUGACGAGGAGAAUGACGAAGACGAGGCCGAGGAUGACGAGAACGACGAAAACAAGUGGCCGGAAUGGAAAGGCAUCGGUCACUCAGACGACAGCGAAGACGAGGACGAGCAGGGCGAUGGCGAAAGCAAUGGUCAGCCGAGUGAGCCAUCGUCCUUCUCUCGCAUCCCAACUGCCCAUCUGCACCGGUAUCUCGACAUCCCGACGACAGCUGCCAUACCCCCCGACUUCUCUGCCUCGACGUUCCCUGCUCUUCAGAAAGCGGCGGCGCCGUACGUGGUCGAACUCUCCGCUGGGGAGAUGCUCUACUUGCCCGCGUCGUGGUGGCACGAGGUCACUUCGACUUCCGCCCCACCGUCAGCUGGCCAUGGCCACAACAGUGGGGCUGACGUCCAUAUGGCGUUCAACUACUGGUUUUAUCCUCCAGACGCGCUCGACCACUUCGAGGCGCCGUACGGAGAUACUUUGGUUUGGAGCUACCUGCGCGAGAAGGGUAAAGCAAAGGGACCCGAAGAGAAAGACACCGGCGAGAAGGUGAAAGUGGGAAAGCGGGCAAGAGAGGACGGUAUUAGCGAGGGCUCUAAGAAGGCGAGGCGCUAGGACGGUGCUGUCCGGGAGGUCAUGGACCAGGAAGCUGCCUUGGGAGGUCAGGACAGCUGCUUCAUAUGUACGCUUUAGGUGUGCCAGACUCAGAUGAAGGCUUAGCGGAGUGAACGACGGCUU